GAUUUCAGUCGGAACUAUCGGGCUCUACCCAUGCUCGGGAUUCGGCUUUGUUUCUCUCCGCCAAUGCAAAAGGACAAAAUAUGCAGCGAAGCAUCGCUCUGCUUUACACCAGCGUUCUCGGACUCUGCUUCGCCUCCAAUUUCCCAAGUACUAUCAACAUAGGUGGAUUAUUCAGUACCGACUCGCACGAAUAUGAAGUGUUCCGAUUUGCGCUCUCGCACCAUCAGGACAUUCUCAAACUGGUACCUCAUGUGGAUAUGGUCAAGAUGGGCAACAGUUUUUCCAUGACUUACGCAUUCUGUUCACAGUUUGCAAAAGGAGUGUACGCCAUCAUCGGGGUGUAUGACAGGAAAACGGUAAGCAUGCUGAUGUCAUUCUGUGGAGCACUCCACGUCUGCUUCGUCACGCCCAGCUUUCCCAUCGAGAACUCCAACCAGUUUGUGAUUCAGCUACGGCCUGAGCUGCAGGAUGCGCUGGUUGGGGUCAUCGAACACUACAAGUGGUCCAAGUUUGUCUACAUGUACAGCUCUGAUUCAGGACUGACCAUUCUGCAGAAGGUUCUGGACACAGCAGCAGAGCGAAAUUGGCUGGUGACCUCAGUGAACGUGGAGACCAUGACUGAAGCAUCCUUCCUUAAAGUCUUUCAGGACCUGGACAGCAGAAAGGAAGGCCAGAUUAUUAUUGACUGUGAGCUGGAACGCCUAACCUCAAUUUUAAAGAAGAUUGUGGAACUGGGAAAGAAUGUGAAGAGUUAUCACUACAUAUUGGCAAACCUGGGCUUUUUGGACAUUGACCUGAGUGAGUUCAAGAAGGGCGAGGCCAACGUCACAGGCUUCCAGCUUGUGAACUACGCAGAUCCGAGCGUCAGCCGCAUCGUUCAGCAGUGGAUUGACUUUGACAACAAAGACCCCAAAAAUGUCAAGAAAGGACUCAAGUACACUGGUGCUCUCACGUACGAUGGAGUCAAAGUGAUGUAUACAGCUUUUCAGAAUCUCCGCAGACAGAGGAUCGACAUAUCACGCCGUGGCAACGCUGGUGAAUGCCUUGCAAACCCGCCGGCCCCCUGGGGUCAGGGCAUUGACAUUCAAAGAGCAUUACAGCAGGUACGGAUUGAGGGCAUAACAGGGCACAUCCAAUUUAAUGAGAAAGGACGGCGGAUCAACUACACAGUCAGCGUAAUGGAACUUAAGGCCACAGGGCCGAAGAAAGUGGGAUACUGGAACGAUGAUGAGAAAUUCGUCAGCACUGCAGCCUACAUGUCCGGCAGUAAUGAUACCUAUGGAUUUCAGAACCGCACAUACAUCGUCACCACCAUCCUGGAAUCACCGUACGUAAUGCUGAAGAAGAACCACGAAAAGCUGGUAGGAAAUGAUAAGUACGAGGGAUACUGUGUUGAGCUGGCAGCAGAAAUAGCCAAACAUGUUGGAUACCAGUACAAACUGAAGAUUGUUGCCGAUUGGAAGUAUGGCGCCAGGGAUCCAGAGACCAAGAUGUGGAAUGGAAUGGUUGGAGAGUUGGUUUAUGGAAAAGCCGACGUUGCUGUGGCGCCGCUGACCAUCACCCUGGUGAGAGAAGAGGUCAUCGACUUCUCCAAGCCUUUCAUGAGCCUCGGCAUCUCCAUAAUGAUCAAGAAACCCACCAAGUCCAAGCCCGGUGUCUUUUCCUUCCUUGACCCCCUGGCCUAUGAGAUCUGGAUGUGUAUCGUGUUCGCCUACAUCGGUGUGAGUGUCGUGCUCUUCUUGGUCAGCCGUUUCAGUCCGUACGAGUGGCACGCUGACGACUGUGAGGAUGGCGGUGAGGCCAGUGCUAACCAGGCUGCUUCUUCGUCAUGCCAGCCAGGCCAAAGCCCACAGAACCAGGCCCAGCAGAACCAGGAACAGAAUAAUGAAUUUGGCAUCUUCAACAGUCUGUGGUUUUCACUGGGAGCUUUCAUGCAGCAGGGCUGUGAUAUCUCGCCCAGAUCACUCUCAGGCCGCAUCGUGGGUGGCGUCUGGUGGUUCUUCACCCUCAUCAUCAUUUCGUCAUACACAGCAAACCUGGCAGCCUUUCUCACUGUGGAAAGGAUGGUGUCACCCAUCGAGAGUGCUGAAGACCUGGCCAAGCAGACUGAAAUAGCUUACGGUACACUCGAUGCUGGCUCCACCAAAGAGUUCUUCAGGAGAUCGAAAAUUGCCGUGUUCGAAAAGAUGUGGUCCUACAUGAAGUCAGCCGACCCAUCAGUGUUUGUGAAGACCACAGACGAAGGGGUGAUCAGAGUUCGGAAAUCCAAAGGGAAAUACGCUUACCUGCUGGAGUCCACCAUGAAUGAGUAUAUAGAACAGCGCAAACCCUGUGACACCAUGAAAGUGGGCGGCAAUUUGGACUCCAAAGGUUACGGUGUAGCUACACCGAAAGGAUCGCCGCUCAGAAACCGAGUAAACCUGGCAGUGUUGAAGCUGAACGAGCAGGGCCUGCUGGACAAAUUGAAAAACAAAUGGUGGUACGACAAGGGCGAGUGCGGCAGCGGUGGAGGUGAUUCCAAGGAUAAGACGAGUGCUUUAAGCCUCAGUAACGUGGCUGGAGUUUUUUACAUCCUGAUUGGAGGCCUGGGUCUUGCUAUGCUGGUGGCGCUGGUGGAGUUCUGUUACAAGUCGAGGACCGAGUCUCACAGGAUGAAGCAAUCCAUCAACGAUGCCAUGCGCUGUUCCACGCUGACCCGGAUGAGCGGCAACGGCAGCGGCGGGGAGAACGGCCGCGUCAUCGCCCACGACUUCCCCAAAGCCGUGCAGACGUUACCAUGCAUGAGCCAUACAGCAGCCAUCGGCAUGGGAGCAUCGGGCAUGUGACUGGACCGCACGGAUACUGCCGGACACCUCGCCAGGGAUGCACCUUUUUUUGCAGCGUACUGCCAAAAUCCUUUCUUUGACUGCUUUUUUUACAGAAUAAAACAAUGUUUGGAAGAGUACAGAAUACAGAGUGAGUGGAAGCAUUCUCUGGCUCUGUAUCCAAGAUGAUGUCCAGUAAAUGGAAAGGCCAGCCAUGCCUUCAGCCACCAUGUGACUGUUGUGCUUCGCCAAGCAGCUAGGGUAAUGAGAAUAUUGUUUUUAAUAUGG